CUGUGUACGUGCCUUUACAUGGUCAUAUGCGCUUUGCUUGUUACCAGGUAACUGACUUUUCUCGAAAGUAGAUUCUGGCUGUUCCACGCAGAAGCAAGGGUGACCGGAACUAUAAACGCCAACAAGUAGCGACAUGGAUAUGUCGAGUUCUUGUCUCUUAUCGACCCUUACACCAAAAGUCACUCUCAAGACAUUUUGUAGCUUCCCCAUAUCUAUUAUUCACGAUAAGGGUGGUCUGAUGUUUCUUGAAAUUGAGGUCAAAGAUCCUGCUUUGAUAAAAGUGCUUGAAAUAAACCGACGGAAGUCUUGAUGUUUCUCACAAGAAACAAUAUAAGGAGUGUCUCCGACAUUUUAGAAGUUGUCUGAGUAGUUCGUGUAAUAUCUAUUUGUUGGUUUCCUCUAAGGUCUAAUGCGCUGACCAUGCAGCCUUUCGAAGGUUUGUUUAUUAGUUAUGAUUAGCUUAUAACCAAGUGUGGUCCGGUAUCUACUUCUAUCCCUUUCCGACAAGAGCCCCAUUUAAAAUGGGAUCAGAAAGAGGUCAAAUGAUCACACACGUUAUAAUGUACUGUACCUAAAUUGACGGAAAUAGAGGAUUGUGAACGCCGUUCCCACGCUUAUAAUCAAAACUGUACCUUGUCAGCCAUAAUUGGAGAAGAUUAACAAGCUUUGAAUCCCUGUCAUGACUCAUACUUCUUAUCGUUAAGACAAAUACUGAUUACAAGGGUUUCUCUGAUUCUUUGAUCGCCGUCUCUUCGCCAUGUCAUCACUAGACUGCGUGCGGCCGCUGUUCAGUAAUGUUUGCUCCUGUUUUUCCAAGAGAAAAACUGAAAGGAGUGGAAGACUGCGGUGUCCCGUGGAUAACACUGCCAUAGAUUACAGUCAGGUUUACGCAGACGACGUUACCAACCAGAUGAUCAUGUCGCUGACCGUCAUAUGUGACUACUACCAGGCGGGAUGUAAGUGGAAGGGCCAGCUACGGAAGCUACAGGGCCACCUGGCAGAGUGUAAGUUCGUCUCGGCUGAUUGUUCGAAUUCGUGCGGUGCUCGGAUACAGAAGCGCCGCAUGUCCGAACACACGUCCAAGGACUGUCCGAAAAGGAGAGUCUGCUGCGCCAGGUGCAAGGCGGAAAUGUCUUACGAACAACUUAGGGUACACAGCUGCCCCGCACUGCGCGAUCGAGGAAGUGAUCGGGGCAGCAACCGGUCCGUCAAUUCCGUGAGUUCCGACCAUGUCACGUGUCCUAGGAACUGCGGAGAGCGCAUGCGUGUUCAAGACAAGGCAAGGCACAUGCGCGAAGAUUGCUUGAACCGCUGGGUGUUCUGUCAGUACUGCAACACGGAGAUCGUCUUUAGGGACAGACAGGAUCAUUUGCGCCGCUGCCCUGUCUAUAAUAGACGGCAGCCUGCCACCCCAUCACGUGCCAACAAAAGCAACUCCCCAACCGUGCGCUUCGAGGUGCAGCAACACACGCGCCAGCAACACUCGCGCACGCGCAGUAGCAACGAGCGGGAGAACCAAAUGCCACCUUCAAACUCUGCCCCACCUCUCCGCUCGGUCUCAUUCCCAGCCUCUCUUAACCACAUCGGCCGGGAAGACCGGGACGUCGGACGGCAGGUGGCGCAUCGCGGAUCGACAAACGACUUGAGCCGGUCCACUGAGGAGUUAGACUCUGACAUUUUCACCUGCACGUGCGGAAGGAGGAUCUCGCGCGCGGAGAUCACGACCCACAUGUCAGACGAGUGUCCGAGAAGACUGACCAAGUGUCAGCACUGCCGGGUCAUGGUCAAAUUUGAGGACGUAGAGACUCAUCACCAGAGCUGUCCAUCAUUUCCGCUCAGCUGUCCCAACAACUGCGGAGUCGCGCAGAUCCCUAGAGGCGAGGUGGAACUUCAUUUGUCACGUGACUGCCGGUCUAAUAUCAUGCAGUGCCCAUUCAGACACGCUGGCUGUCACAAGCAGUUCCCUCAGAGAAGUCUCCAGCGGCAUAUUGAAGAAUCCGUACAACAGCACCUCGAGUUAGUGUCCGAGCUCGCCAUACAACAGCAAAAAGAGAUCAACUCCCUCAAAGAGAUUGUGCGACACUGCAAACCCUACCACGACAGCAAGCUCCUCUGGCGAAUCGACGAUUUCUGGGAAGCCUUUGACGAAGGGAAGAGGAAGCCUGGGACCGAGCUGCAUAGCCCUGUUUUCUACACGUCAAACUACGGGUACAAGUUCAAGGUGGUGUUGUUUCCGUACGGUAAUGGUAGCGGAGAAGGGACUCAUUUGUCCUUGUACAUUCGACUUUUGCCGGGAGAGUACGACUCGUUACUGCCUUGGCCCUUUGAGGGCCAGAUCACUCUAACCUUGCUUGACCAGAGUACGGACAAGCGAGCAAAAAGACACAUUAGUCAGUCGUUCAGCCCUGAUCCCAACUGGAAGAGCUUCCAAAGACCGAGUAAGAACUCCACCUCGCUUGGUUUCGGCUACCCUCAGUUCGUAUCCCACCGGGGCUUGGAGUCUAUUGGUUACGUCAGAGAUGACGUGUUAUUUCUCAAGGUGACGAUAGACUGUAAGAAUGCCGUUGACCUAUAGGAGCAAAGGCUCAUCUGUCAUAUCAACGGAGGGUAUAGACGAGGUCAUAGCAGUACAUUGGUUGAUGCUCAUGAAGUCAUCACCCUUACGUAAUUUUCGAAUCCAACGAUACGUUAACCGAGACGCCAAUUCGGAAACUUCCGUAAAUGUUUCUUAGCGAAUUGCUAUUCGAGAGACUCCCGGUAGAUCGGCGACUCGUAACAAUAAUCGGCAGCACUAAAUGGCUGCCACUUGAAAAUUUCAAAAUGCUAAUAAUUUUUUAUUUCCCUGGUAAGGUCCUUGGACUUCUCUGUCAAAUCGCUUUGUAAUCUUUGUACUUUUAUAUUGAGGUGAUUGAUAUGUCUUGCAAAAACUUGCUAUGACAAGCAUGGCUAUGACGACUUGGAACUUAUGAAUCCGGAUUGAAAUUGCAGGACAAGACGAAGCAAAAAGAGGGAGCGAAUUUUUCACAUUACCCCUUUUCACUCUUCCACUGCUAUGUUCGCCAUCUUGAGUUUUUUUUUGCACUAUUGAAUCCAUAUCGGAUCCAAUAUCAUGUUACAGGUCCAUAGCCAGGAUUCUUAACGGAGGGGUGGGGAAAGGCUUAUUCAUUUAGCGGACUAUUUCUCAUCCUAACUCGCAGUGGUACUCAACUUUUAUUUGAGUCGACUCUCCAAACCCCCUGGCUACCGACCUGCACUGAAUUCGUACUUUUCUCCCCUAAAGAACAUAUAUUAUCAUAAUUGCUCAUUUUAAUUCAAGCAUGGACUCCAUACUAUAUAUUUUUAAAUGCAGCCAAAUCGUUUUUAUACUCUAAUUGAAAUGAGAUUCUAUAAAUGCUCGUCGUUGUUUCAUGUUUCGUUGAAACAGAAGCACUUUGUAUACGCUUGCUACAUGAAUAGAAAGGUAAAUAAUAUUAAAAUUGCGCUUUUGUGGAUAGAGUUUAGCCAGCGGUUUAUUCAUGUUCAUUAGUUAAAUAUAAAAUAAGAAUUUGAUGUAAAUAUGACAAAAAUUAUUAUCAUAAUGUCAGGA